AAAAGUACGUACCACCUUAGAAUCGAUGGCGACUUGGGCGAAGCCUUUGCGUUUACCCCAAAGAAGAGGAUAAGUCUCAUCGCUGAACAAAGCCUCCCUCACACCUCCUGGAGAAAUGCCCAACAGGCUAAAUCGACUCCAUGAUGCUGGACAAGAGCACGGUGUCAGUCGUGGCAGACAUAUUCUUCAGCAGAAAACAUACAUCCGAAGAAAUAAUCCACUGCUGCUGCUCCAGAGCUUUCGUAAAUGAUCGAGAGUUAUAUCGGUCAGAUAAUAGACUUCUCUCACCUGAUCAGGCAGACUCUGCAAUCCAAGAAAAGGAGAAUGAGGAAGAAGAGGGCGAUGAAGAAGUUGAAUUUUUAGAUGAAGAGGCUCAACUGAUGUCUAGUAUGGGUCUGCCACUUGCCUUUGCCAGCUCUUCCAGCCAGCGUAAAAAGGAGAAGACAUCUACCAAACGACCAGUUACUAAUCAGACACAAUCUCUUGAGGAACAGGAGGAACAUUUGCAGUUUACUGACAAAGACAUCAGUGAUCCUCUGGAAGAAGGGCUGAAGACAGAGACGCUGGAUGAAGCAGUCGAAACCCCAUCUGCCAAUGAUGCUGGCUGGGAGACAUACUGGGCUCAACAAGGUGAAGCUCUUCUGUGGAACAGCUGGCUGGAGAAACAUCCUGAUAACUUGCCGUCUACAGAAGACUCCCAAUGUGUGACUGCCCCAUGGGACGACCCCAACAAAAAAGCCAUCUGGGAUCAACACACAACAGACACCUAUUAUUACUAUUGGGAGCAAUACUCAUACUGGGCAGCACAGGGCUGGACCAUAUCUUGUGAGAAGAACACUUGGGAAGAAACUACAAAUGAGCGGGUGGAUGAAAGCAUAGUGAACCAUUCAGAGGAACGGCUAGAUGAAAAAAAUGAUGGUGUCGAGGUUUUAAAUGGUCUCCUUGAAAAGAACUGCACUUUAAAGGCAGGUGGGAACAUCUCAGCUGACUCUGGAACAACCAGACAACCUUCCGAUAUGACCAGUGUUACAAAGGAACACGCAGAAGACUGUGUUUCUGAGCCCUCUGAUGGGGGUAAUUCUGGUAAGAAAUCAGAUGUUUCCUCACACCAGGAAGGAACCCAACAUACAGAGUCUCAGCAGGCUGCAGGGAGUCUCAACAUACAUACAGGUUCUUCGAAUCAGGUAUCAAAUGGAGAAGAUGAUGAUGACGAAAAUCCCUCAAAAGGCGGACUAAGUAAAAUAAAACGCAGUCAUGAAUUUGAUGUGGAGGAGAACCCCCAUCUAACAUGUGAUGAAGCCUGGAACAGACUUGGACUGAAACACAAUCCAGAGUCACUGUUCGACAGUGUUUUUAACUUUAAAAGGAGCUUUGGCCAGAAGCGUCAGAAGCGGUGGUGCUCCAAGAGACCUGGCAGCAGUGUGAACACACACAUCAGAUUCACUGAGAUGGAUGAAGAUGGAACUCAACCUCAGUGUAGCACCAUCCUCCAAAAGGUUCAAAACUUUCUUGGGGCGAUUCAGAGUGAAGCACAUGCGAAUUUAAACGAGCAACAACAGCAUGGAGGAAAAGGCAUGCACUCUGAGGAGGAGCCUCCCACUUCAUCCGACAAAAAUGACGUCAGUAGUGAGAACGUUGCACAUGGAAGUCAUACAUCAUUUGAAGAGGAGAGUCCUAAUUUCCCGGACUUUGAGAAGAAGGAUAUCGAGAGAGAGGAAUCAACUAGGCAAUUGGAAUGUUUGGAAGUCCCAGAUUUUCUCUUGCCCGACAAACCUCCAGGCAAUGUUGAAGCAAAAAAGCCAAAGAAGAUGAAUAAACGCUGGAGGAAGCAGAAGAUACCGGCAGACAUGGCAUCAGAACCAGGGCUGGCCAAAUACUGGGCUCAGCGGUACAGACUCUUCUCUCGCUUUGACGAAGGAAUCAAACUGGACAGAGAGGGCUGGUUUUCUGUGACACCAGAGAAGAUUGCUGAGCACAUUGCCCUCAGAGUGGAGUCCAGCUUUUCCAACACUCAGCUGAUCAUUGAUGCAUUCUGUGGAGUUGGAGGAAAUGCUAUCCAGUUUGCACUGGCUGGGAAAAGAGUCCUAGCUGUUGAUAUUGACCCAGUACGUCUGGACUUAGCACGCCACAAUGCUACCGUUUAUGGCGUCGCACAUCAAAUCGAGUUUAUUCAAGGGGACUUCCUUCAGCUGGCGCCUCGUCUCUGCGGCGACGUUGUCUUCUUGUCGCCCCCCUGGGGAGGACCAGAUUACCUGACUGCAGAGGUGUUUGACAUAAAGACCAUGAUGGAACCUGACGGUUUUCAGAUUUUUCAUCUGGCUAAACAAAUAUCAGACAACAUUGUGUAUUUCUUGCCUCGCAACGCAGACAUGGAUCAGAUUGUCUCCCUGGCUGGUCCUGGAGGUAAGGUGGAGGUAGAGCAGAAUAUCCUCAACAACAAGUUAAAGACCUUAACUGCUUACUUUGGCAGUUUGAUUAGGAAUGACACCUAAACUCGGUAACAAAUCUUUUGAAGUUCUUGAUUUGCACUGGAUUCAUUAAGUAUAUAAAAAUGCCAUAGGGACUUUAUUUCGUACUUUUUAAUCAGGAUGUCUGUCUUGUACCUGUAAAGUACAACACAUUUUAACGAUUGUUUAUAAUGUCAUCUAUUUUCCAAUGCACUCUUAAUCACUUUGUGUUAUGAAACAAAUGUUUUCAUUUUUUAUAAAAAAGUGCUUGUUCAUUUCCACAUAUGGGUUGGAAGACUUGUUUUAUGGAAUGGUAAAGAGGAUUUAGGAACCUGCAUAAACCAUAAAGUGUUUAUUAAAAUGUUUAUACAGUAUGUAUAGUAUACAUGUAUAGUCAAGGCCCAAAACAUUGGCACCCAUGUGUUUUUGUCAGAUUAUAACGCCAGAUCUUACAGAAAAUUAGAGCAAAAAUAAAUGCUUGGUUGUUGUUUUAUUUGUACGGGAACAGCCAACACGAAAAGCCAAAUCUGAUCAUUCCACACAGACCUCCCAAAAUAGACUGGAUAACAUCUUUGCAACUCUCAACUUCAUACUUGGUAGCACGCCCUUUGGAAAAACUGGUCCGCCAACUUCUCACGUCGCUCUGAUUUGAGGAAUGCUUCUCACUGACGGAGCUAGAAGGGGUGCUGCGAGGGCACUGGCUCUCCCUAAAAAAUCUUUUGGGCAUUUUAUAAUGUUUCACCCUCUUUUCUCUGCAGCGAAUGUUUUUCAGGGUUUUCUGAAGAAUUUGGGGAGGAGCUUGUCAUUUUUUUGUUUUGUUUCACAAACCCGCUAUGAAACGUAUUUUAAAGUAUUAGUUUCAACAAGCAUAUUUGUUUUUUUGUUUGCAUUUUCAUCUCACCUUCAUUUAAAUAGGGUUUUGUAUACACGGACACACUAAAAUUAAAUACUGUCUAAAUGUUGCAAUUCAUCUGACAUCCUUUCUUUAAUCUCUAAAAAAUCAGUUUGCAAAAAGUCAAAAUUCAUAUUGCAAAUGGUUAAGUAGAGAGACUUAUUAUCUCUGGCAAAGUUGCUGUAUUUUCUCAGCCAAUUCUAAGCAGUGAAGGACUCUAAUUUUCUCUUUCUGGAGAUCGUCUGGGCUUAUUUGACCCAUUAGCUUGGAGGAGAAGUGGAUCAGAUCUUGCAUGAAAAGACCCACAGCCCCUCUGGGUGUUGGAGGGAUUUCAAUCAGUUGUCCGGACUCAAAUCGAAAGUUGAUAUUCUUGGCUCUUGGGAGGCCUGGUGCUCGUUCCUCAAUCCAAGUCAAAGGUCUGAAAAAACAAAGGUGAAAUACAUCAAUUAAAUCAAUCAACUCAAACCACCCAUUCACAUCAUGAAUAGAUUAAAUGCAUUAAAGUAGUAUUCCCUCUCGUGAUAUUGCUUAAUUGUGGUUUAUUUUUAAAAUCACUGAAUAAACAUUACUUGGGGAAAAUAUUUAGUUAUACGCUUAAAUAAAACAAAUAUGUACAAAUAAAAUACAAUUUAAACUUUAUCCAAUUGUUCAAUUGAUUGAUGGAAUAAUUGAUAGAAAAUAUCGAUUCUGAAAAUAUUUGAUGGGGACAGUCCUAGCUCUCUUAACCUCAAUAGGGUAAAAAAAAAAAAAAA